AUGGUUGCCAUCAAGAACAUCUCCGUCGCCUCCGCCCUCCUCCUCGGCGUUGCUGACCAGGCCCUCGCCGCCCCUGUUGGCGCCUCCCUGGACACCCGAGCCCCCAAAGGCCGAUUCGGUGCCGCCGUCGGGCUGCUGAACACUGCCAUCCAGGCGGGUGGACAGGUCGGUGCUGCUGCUGCCGGCCGUCCCCGAGACCUCGAGGACGUCGAGGAGCGAGAUAUCGAGGAGCGAGCCCCCAAGGGCCGAUUCGGUGCCGCCGUCGGGCUGCUGAACACCGCCAUCCAGGCAGGUGGACAAGUAGGUGCUGCUGCUGCCGGCCGUCCCCGAGACCUUGACGAGCUCGAGGAGCGAGACAUCGAGGAGCGAGCCCCCAAGGGCCGCAAGCUGGCCGCUGGCGUUAAGCUCGGAAACUCCGCCAUCCAGGCCGCUGGCCACGUCGGUGCCGCCUUUGCUGGUGCACCUCGUAGUCUUGAACAGCGAAGCCCCAAGGGUCGCAAGCUGGCCGCCGGUGUCAAGCUCGGUAACUCUGCCAUCCAGGCUGCAGGCCAAGUAGGUGCUGCCUAUGCUGGCGCUCCUCGCUCCCUUGAGGCUCGAUCCCCCAAGGGUCGCAAGCUGGCCGCCGGCGUCAAGCUCGGAAACUCCGCCAUCCAUGCCGCAGGCCAACUCGGAAACUCUGCCAUCCAGGCUGCAGGCCAAGUAGGUGCCGCCUAUGCUGGCGCUCCUCGCUCCCUUGAGGCUCGAUCCCCCAAGGGUCGCAAGCUGGCCGCCGGUGUCAAGCUCGGAAACUCUGCCAUCCAGGCUGCAGGCCACGUCGGUGCCGCCUUUGCUGGCGCACCUCGCAGUCUUGAACAGCGAAGCCCCAAGGGUCGCAAGCUGGCCGCCGGUGUCAAGCUCGGAAACUCCGCCAUCCAGGCUGCAGGCCACGUCGGUGCCGCUUUUGCUGGUGCGCCUCGCUCCCUCGAGGCCCGAGCCCCCAAGGGCCGCUUCGGCGCCGCCGUCGGGCUGCUGAACACUGCCAUCCAGGCCGGUGGACAGGUCGGUGCCGCGGCAGCUGGCCGCCCCCGCGAUGUCGAGGACGAGGACCUUUACGCCCGCGACAUGGAGGAGGACCUCGACGAGCGCGACCUGGAGGAAGACCUCGACGAGCGCGACCUGGAGGAAGACCUCGACGAGCGCGACAUUGACGAGCGCGACCUCCUCGAGUACAUCUACGCUCGCUACCUCGAGGAUGCCGAGGAGUUCGACGCAUAG